GAGAAGUUUAUUAUAGAGGGAAAGUAUGUCUUGUUGAGGAAGCACAGAUGUAACAGUAGUUAUCACGAAUUUGCUAAUCGUUGUCUAUCGCGUGAUUUAUAAUAAGGAAAAACGGCGAAGAUGGAAACUGAUUGUCUGACUUUAAAUGACCUGAUAAGUCCGCGAAAAGGCAGAACAGCAAUCGAGGACGACUUUGGCAAAAAUGAUCAGAAGGAGAAUGUAAGGCUAGAAAGAAGGAAAGUGACUCCUCACAAGAGUGACGUCGCAUCCACGUCUAUUAACGGCAAGAAGGCACCAGCCUCUGAGUUCAUCCACAUCACCCCCAUAAAGCAUCCUGACAGAGCCCAUCCAGACCCCUGGACCCCCACGGCCAACCUGAAGAUGUUGAUCAGUGCGGCCAGCCCAGACAUCAGGGACCGAGAGAUCAAGAAAAUCCUCUUCCGGCCCAUUGAGAAUGAAGAGAAACUGGUGGUAGUGGAGGAAGAGGAAGAGGAUGCAGAAUUGGAUGACUCCUGCCAGUUUGAUGUGGUGGAAGACUGUGGGGAUGAAUUUGAGAAGCGGCCCAGCCGGAAGCAGAAGAGCUUGGGCCUGCUGUGCCAGAAGUUCCUGGCCCUCUACCCUGAUUACCCAGCAUCCUCCGAGACCAUCAGUAUCUCCCUGGACGAGGUGGCCACGAGUCUGGGUGUUGAGCGCCGGCGCAUCUACGACAUCGUGAACGUGCUGGAGUCGCUGAUGCUGGUGAGCCGCAUGGCCAAGAACCAGUACGUGUGGCACGGCCGGCCGCGCCUCAGCCAGACCCUGCAGGAGCUGCAGCAGCAGGGGCGGCGCCAGCGCUACCACCUCCAGAUGGAGCAGACGACGGCGGGCGCGGCGGCGUGCGGAGGGCCCGCGCAGAGGAGCGAGGAGGGAGAUGGCUCUUACGCCACGGCUUGCAGGAGGAAAGACAAGUCCCUGCGCAUCAUGAGCCAGAAGUUUGUCAUGCUCUUCCUGGUGUCCAAAACCCUCACGGUUACCUUGGACACGGCUGCCAAGAUCCUCAUCGAGGAGAGCCAGGACGCUGCCAAUCACAGCAAAUACAAAACUAAGGUACGACGUCUGUAUGACAUCGCUAACGUCCUGACGAGCCUGUCCCUCAUCAAGAAGGUCCACGUGAGGGAGGAGAAGGGCAGGAAGCCGGCCUUCAAGUGGAUCGGCCCCGCCGACUUCGUCACCAGCACUGAGGAUUCUGUGGCAGUCAGUGGCAUCCCCUUGCCUCAGGUCAACGCUGAUGCCCACCUCACGGUGCCAGCGGGCAGAAGGGAGAAAUUUACACGCCACGCCUCCUUUCAGGUGGUGCCCACCUCCGCUGCCAACCUCAGACUCACCAACUCAGCGCCCAGCACACCAAACCGAGAGAACUCAGGUCAUCGGGUCGAACCCUUGGAUUUUUCCAGAAAGCUGGGGAGCAGCAGCGCCGUGUGCCGUCGUCAGUUCGGAGAGGCCCCUGGUCUGCAGACUCCGGUGGGUCAGCGCUGCAGUCCCCAGGUGCGCUCCCCAGGCCUCGCCCCGCUGGCCGUGCCCAUCUCCAUUCCCGAGGGGGCCUACAGCCUCCCCACGGCACCUCACGGCGUCGCCAACGCCACCGCCUACCCCCAGCACCACCUGACCUACCUGCCCAGCCUCUCCCAGCCCUCCAUCCUCAUGCUGUACGGGGGCCCAGCCCCAGAGGGCCCUCACCCCUCCCAGGGGCAGGGUCAGGGGUCGUCGCCCAGGGCGGCAGAGGUCAGAGAGAAGAGGAAGAGCGUGGAUGACGAUAUGGAGCCGAGGCAGGCGGGCAAGCGAGAGCGACGCGAGGACGAGCAGAAGGCUGAACCAGAGUGUGCUCAGCACAGCUCCAGAGCGCCUACCCACUGCCUGCAGCUGGGCGUGCCCGUCAGCGAGGCCCUUUCCCGGGACGAGGGAGAGAGUCGUAGCCCCGCGGUGGCCCAACCUGCAUCACACUACCUCUACGUUCCCAACUCUGCAGGCCUGAACUUCCUGCUCUCCACGGGUCACUCUGCGGGCGGCGUGGCCCUGUCCCCCGGCAGCAUGGCGAUGUCCCCUGGCGCCAUGUCCUCCCUGGCCGUGCCCUACGUGCUGGUGCCCUCCUCCGCCCUCUCCUCCUACCCGGCGGCGGCGCUGCUCGCCAACGGCGCCGUGGACUCCUCGCACAUCGCCCACGCGCCGGGCAUCGGCUUCAACGUGCCGACCAUGAUGUCGCCGGCGCACUUCGUGGUCAGCCCGGGCAGCUUCGCCCUGGCCGGGGCGUCCCCCUCCGCCGCGCUGUCCGCUGCCCAGGAGCAGCACUCCUUCCUGGGGGUCUCGCCGAUCCCUGCGUCCCCCGCCACGGCGCAGAGGCAGCCUGACCGCUUGCACCUCACUGACCCUCACACGCCUUUGACCCCUAAAGAGGCCAUGGCUCCCGGCUCUAAAGCUUUCUUCCAGACGCCAGGCACCCUGGGAGGCACGCCCGUCACCUUGGAGACACGCAAGCGAGGCUCUGCCCAGAGGAGACUGGACAUCGGCAACCCAGUGGCCAACUGAAGGUCACGUGGAGGUCGCCCCCCCCCCCCACACACACACACACACACACAGAUGCCUCUGUGGCGGCGUGAAGUGGUGCUUGGUGGGACUCCGGCGCUCCAGCGUAGCUUCGGUGGUUCACACAGCAGCGUGGACGUGCUGAGCGGGCUCGAACAGCUGCAACGACUGACGCAGGGACUUCACUUGUUAAAGUCUUUCAUAGAUAUCAGAUGAUCACACUGCCCUCUUGUGGUCACU